ACAAAGAAAAUAAUCUGAAUUAAACAUGAAAGUUGUUCCAACACCAAGUUUUUAGUCUUCCUAAGCUUUCCCACCGAGGCACCAGCUCUAUCUCUUCAUAUUUCUAUUUCUUUGUUUGUUUUCCCCCAAAAUCACAGUUCAAUAAACCCUAAAUUUAAUGCUUCUUAAAGUUUUCCUUGCAAAAUUGUACAAAACCCUAAUUUUUUCCGGAUCUUUCUCUCCGUUUAUUUAGUACCUUUCCCUUUUCUGUUAUGGACACUUUGCAAGAAACUUACAAAGACGAAGAUUCAGAAAAUUCAGAAAACAACCAAAUUCUCCUCAAUAUGUCAAGUCAAGAAGACCCAAUUCCUGAAACGAAUUCAAUUGAAAACAAUGAAACAAAUUCGACCCAAAACCCUAACCCUAAUUUAGAUUCAAACCCAGAAACCACUACCCUUGAACCCGAAUCAAACCCUGAUUCAAUGCCCGUUGAAUCAUCAGAAAUUCCGACCCCAUUGAUAACAAAAUCCGAAACUUUAGGGUCAGAAGAUGUUUCUUCUGAAUCAAUUUCAGAAGAUGAGCAAAACCCAGAAAAUUUAACUGCAAAAAAGAUGAUGGAUGAUGAAGAAGAUGAAAAUCCCUCAUCGAAGAAACAGAAAUCACUUGCAAACUUUGAAGUUGAUGCAUCUGAUGCGAAGCCGGUGAACGGGAAUGGCAAUGCGGGUGGAGGAAGUGGCAAGAAAUCGUCUUCGAAGAAGAAGACUAAAGGGAACAAUGUGUGGACGAAGACAACUUCAAGGAAAGGGAAGAAAAAAUCUAAGAACAACAAUCUCAAUAACGGCAAUAAUCACAAUGCAGCUGCGCCUAAAGCAGAGGAUGCUGUUUUGAUCACUCCGAUUCCGAGGUUUCCUGAUAAGAAUGAUGAUUUUCCUGAAUCAAAGAUAUGUCUUUCUAAGGUUUAUAAGGCGGAAAAGGUCGAAUUGAGUGAGGAUAGAUUAAGUGCUGGGAGUUGUAAAGGGUAUAGAAUGGUGAGGGCAACAAGAGGGGUGAGUGAAGGUGCUUGGUAUUUUGAGAUUAAUGUGGUUAAAUUGGGAGAGACAGGGCAUACAAGGUUGGGGUGGUCGACCGAGAAAGGGGAUUUGCAAGCGCCUGUUGGGUACGAUGGGAAUAGUUUUGGGUACAGGGAUAUUGAUGGGAGUAAGAUUCAUAAGGCAUUGAGGGAGAAGUAUGGGGAAGAAGGGUAUAAAGAAGGAGAUGUAAUUGGUUUUUAUAUUAAUUUGCCUGAUGGGAAUUUGUAUGCUCCUAAACCGCCUCGUUUGGUUUGGUAUAAAGGACAGAAGUAUGUUUGUGCUCCGGACCCUAAGGAAGAUCCUCCUAAGAUUAUUCCUGGGAGUGAAAUAUCCUUUUUCAAGAAUGGCGUUUGUCAGGGAGUUGCUUUCAAGGAUCUUUUUGGUGGACGCUAUUAUCCUGCUGCAUCAAUGUACACCCUUCCAAACGAGCCCAAUUGUGUGGUGAAGUUCAAUUUUGGUCCUGACUUUGAAUCCUUCCCCACAGAAUUUGAAGGCUGUCCAAUCCCAAAGCCCAUGAUUGAAGUUCCUUAUCAUGGAUUCGACAACCAAGUUGAAAACGGUGUAUUAGAUGAGAACAAACAAUAAGGCAUUGUUUUAAUCAGUUAAUUGUUUCUUAUAAAUGAAAAAAAUGUAUUCGGGCUUCCUUAUUCCUUUCCCUGAUGUGUCUCGAAAGGAAUUAGAUAUUCCUUGUGGAUUUUUCCAGGGUACAGAAUAUGAGGUUGUUGUAUAAUGAAUGAUUAAUCUUAUAUGUUCUCUUAAUCAAUGCAAAUUGCUUAUCAUUUAUCUCUUAA